AUGAGCAGUUCUGUUGUUCGCCGACAAAAAUUUCAAAAAGCACCACCUCAACCAAUAGAUCGACAUUUGGCUGAGAUCGAUGGAUCUGAUGGUACGAUUUAUAUUAAUGCCGGUAUCGAUUCAACCUGUUGUAAAAAACGUGGAAGAAUGAUACAUACACUUACCAAUGGUAUCGUGGUAUCAUCUCAAACUCAAAUGACAACAACAAGAUCAAUAUGUGGAUCUGGCGAUGAUUUAUUAUUGGAAUUAACUAAUGAUAGUUUGAAUGAUGAUCAACUUGAUUCGAUCAAUAGUCAAUGUUCUCAUUGUGGAAAAUAA